AUGUCCUUUAAUUACCAGGAAAUACGAUCUACGUGGUCUGCAUUUGGACACGCACUGUUGGCCACUGCGCUUUUUAGAUGCUGGCACAUCUUAAUCUUCUUCGGUGGCUGGUCGACUGCUAUCUGUGUGAUCAGCCAUAACGUCCAUAGUUUGGCGUUGCAGCCGACUCUUAUCACCGUAUUUGGUACUGUCCUCGGUUUCGUAAUCUCCUACAGGACAACUUCGAGUUUUGAACGUUACAACGAGGGACGAAGGCUUUGGUCACAAAUAGUGCUAGGAAGCCGUACCUUUGCCCGCGUUGUUUGGCUCCAUGUCCCAGACGAGCAGAAGGAGGAAAAUAAGGCGAAGACUCUAGUUGAGAAGAAAUCCGUCGUGAACCUGCUCGAAGCAUAUGCCGUCGCUGUUAAGCAUUAUUUGCGCGGGGAAGAUGGCAUCUUCUACGAGGAUCUGUAUCACUUGGUCAAGUUCCUUCCUUCAUAUGCGCUUCCGCCGACAAUCCCUUCCGUCGCCGAUCUCAAUGCGCCGCGUGAUAGCACGAGCACUAGUAAUGAUGUUCCUGCAUCGCCACAGUCAGGGCGCUUUCAUGGCUCAGGACUCACGAAGAGAGUGGCGGCUCCGGGCCAGCUUCCACUCCCGACUACUGCACCCACGCCUUCCCUCAGGGUCACAACUUUUGCGACAGAAAACACGCUUCGCAUCGACGGACCCCCUGCUAUGAACCCGCCCAAGUACUCGUUGUUCGAUCUAUUCCCAUUUUCGCUGCUGGUGCGGAUGCUGACUAAGAACGGCGUGGAUGUGAAAGGAAAGAGGGCGGCAAGAAUGAGAGCUGCGAUGCGCAAUUACCGAGGUAAAAAUUCGUACAACAUUCCCCUGGAAAUCUCGUUGUAUUUGGGCUCUUACGUCUCUGCCCUGCAACUUCGCAAGACCGUCGAUGCGCCUACUAUCACCUUACUAUUGGCGACUACUAAUCAGCUUGUAGAUGCUCUAACAGGCCUAGAACGGAUCCUCACUACCCCAAUACCAUUUUCGUAUUCCAUUCAUUUGUGGCUGGUAACUCUUGUAUAUUGCCUGGCUUUGCCAUUCCAAGUCUGGUCAACAUUGAAGUGGUUCACGAUCCCCGCUACUGUGCUCGCGAGUUUUAUCUUCUUUGGCUUCCUCGUUGCUGGAGAGGAGAUCGAAAGAUACGACAAAAACGACUUGAACAUGGAUCACUUCGUGCAUAACAUAAUACGCAAAGAACUUCGCGCUAUCAUAGCGAUGCCCACACCCGACCCUGCUGUAUGGGCGUUCUCCUCGGAGAACGACCUCCUUUUUGCGAAUUCGGAAAAAGAUGAGCGCGUGCCACCCUCUGAAUGGGUAGGACGGGGUAUUCCAAAGAUGCGAGAUGCGCUGACAAGGCUUGAGUGA